AUGCCGGUCCUUCGCCGGUGGGAAUCCGAUGAGUCCAAUGGUCGAAAUGGUCUUCAGCGGUAUGACCCCACAAGCUCCGAACAGAAUGGCAGUGAUUCGGCAGCAAGCGCUACGGAUGGUGAAACAGACUCGGACACGAGCGAUGCUGGUCAUGCAAAGGUGGACUUGACUAUCGAAAGGCUUCAGUCUUUGCACAACAGCAUGACUACCAAGAAUACUGAGAUGUCAGAGUUUGCCACAAGGGGAUCAUCUAAAGAAAGGGUGGUUGAAGCUUUGCGUAACCCACGCUGUGAAUGCAAGAACCGGUGUCGAGUUCCAUUGCGAACUUUGCUGAAAGUUGUUGUGGCCUUUUGGAUGCUGACAAAGCCUACACAAGAUAGCUUGUUGUGGUCCCUACAGCAUGAAGCUGGAAGCAACAAGAGAAAAGAAUGGUGCAAAGUUGCUUUCCGGGGGACGGACCUCCGCACCAUGAGUUGCCCUGGUGGAGCCCAGCUGUCAUUGCCCUUCACACUACCUCACUCAGGACAAAGCGCACCACCUGCAAUCAAGACUGCAUCGGUCCGUGCAUUCAUGAUUCAUAUGUAUUUCACAGCUUCGGAGCCCAUGCCGACAUCGAUAGCCUCCAAGUCAGUCAUCAACGGAGCUGAUGAUGAAUUACGUCAAGAACUACUGGACAGGUUAGUGGACUCCCGCCUCGUAGGACCAACAUGUCAGAUCUCCUGCAAUCACGACCCGAACCGGUUGCCCAUGAGAGAGUUGCCGCAUGGGAGUUGGAUGAACAUGUACUUAUUAUACAGAGCCUGGAUGAAAUCUAAUGAUGAACACCAUGACUCUCCAGCAUCCCGGUCAACUUUUUUCAACGUGAUCCAAGAAUGGAAAGUUUGCAUCAAGUUCCAUCGCCGAACACACCAUCAGAUUUGUCUGACAUGCAGCACUCUGCGGUCUGCCAUUUUGAAGACUGCUGACUUCCAGGAGAUUAGCAGGCUCUCUGACCAGCUGCUGUCUCACUAUUGUGAGACUUAUGCUGACCGACAGGUCUACUAUGCGGCAAGGCAGAGAUCAAGGUCCCAGUCUGAUCUGUUGGUCAUGAUACUGGAUAGCUUUGACAAGUGCAAGUUGGUAUUACCACGGUGGAGGUUUGGGAGGACCCCCAAACGUCCAAUCUACGAGGCAACCCAUCGUACAUCUUUGACCUUGACGGGAACCAUCGUGCAUGGAUAUGGCGUUUAUAUCUACAUUGCAGAUGAAGGCAUGGCUACUGGGGCUUCAUGGACAAUUGAAGUUGCAAUGAGGAGCAUCGAUCGAGCCUGGCAGCAAGCACGUGCAAGGAAUCAACCGUUUCCAUGGGAGCUUUGGCUUCAAGGCGACAAUUGCCCAAAAGAAGUCCGUAAUUCCUUCACGGGGAAGUGGCUUUGCUUGCUAGCGCAAGCAAACUAUUUCGUGGGUGGGUCCCACCACCAUAUGGUGGUGGGACACACCCACGAAGACAUAGAUGGUGUCUUCAGCUUGAUCACUUCCUGCCUGAACUCUGAAAGCAUUAUCGAAACGCCACGGGAUAUCCAAAGGACAAUUCUGCGAAAAUUGACUCCGAACUUUGCAAAGAAAGGUUUGGCCUUGGAAGUGGAACUAGUUGACACUAUCCGGGACUGGGCGGCUUUGAUGCCAGCCAAUGCUACAAUGAGAAACUGCUACAGAUCCCGCAAGACCGAUGGAGCCAACAACAUGCGGGUACCACAAUCGUUUUCAUUUUUCCCCAGAGAAGCCAUGCCUGCUGGUGGAGUUGGGCUGGCAAAAGAUGAACGAGUUCCUCCUCGCCUCCGAAGCCAAGGCAAUGGCAGGGAUGUAUUCGCAAUGAUCAAAGGGAACAUGAGUGAUGCUUCUCUUAUCCAACCGCCUCUCUUAGUCUGGCCAGAAUCCCUAGUGGGUGACGUGGAAAGAUUUUGGAACAACAUCAACUCGACACAACAAGUUCUACAUUCGAUGUUGGAUGACACGCGGGUGGAUGAACUUCGGUUGUUGGCCGAUCAAAUCGAAGCUGACUAUCCUCAUAUGUCAAGGGCUGUCCAAUACUACAGAAGUUUGAUGGACCAUCGCAGACCUAGAAAGCCAUACGAGCAACUAUGUUUUGUUGAAGCUGGGCCACAGGCUGCAGCAAGGGUUGGGCAGGUGCAGCUGGGGGAAAGACCACCGCCCCCAAGACACCAUAAGUUAGAAGUUGUCUUUCACCAUGGCCGGGGAUAA